UUUCCCCUCUCCUCUCUCUCCGUCGCUCCCCUCUCGCUCUCUCCCCCUCCCCCAGUCUCUCCCCCUCUCCGUCCCUCUCCUCUCUCCCCCUCUCCGUCCCUCUCCGCUCUCCCUCUCUCUCUCCGCCUCUCCCUCUCUCCGUCUCUUGCACAUCUGGGUUUCGGGAGAGGAACGUUAGAUUAAAGGUAGGGCGGUUCCACUGGCAGAGUGUGGGGGUCUCGACGGAUUUUUUGCCGGCUGUUCACUCUCCUCCACCUCCUCACAACGGGUCGGUCUUCGACACGCGGCGGACAUCUUUCUGAAGACCCCGCAGACCACCGAGCAGUCUCCAGCAGAAGGGAACUACGGCCGUGUGUCUUGCUUCUCGUCUCUCCCCCCUGGCAGCAGUGGUACGGUCCUGGGUCUGGUUGGUGGGUUGGUGGCCAAACCGAGUGUGCUAAAUGGAGAGCCGCGCCGUGCCGUGCCACAGGCUCCCGUAGCCCCUCCGACACACGGCGGCCCGCCUAGGAAUAUUUACCCGACAAGAGACGCUCUUUCCCCGGGAGGAAGACCACGGGAACACGUCGUGAAUGUGACCACCGGAGCUCGAGUCCAGACAUGUCCCGUUGAGGUGGUCUCUUCAUCAGAACUGACUCCAGCCGGGCCUCUCCUCCAUCUUGUUUCUCUCCUCCGCUCCUCCUCCUCUCCCCGCACCAUGCUCCGCUCUGCCCCCCCCCUGCUGCUCCUGCUCUGCUCCCUGUGUGCGUGUGCGGUGCUGCGGGGCCCCGAGCAGGAGGCGGUGGUGUACCGGGGCCCCGACUCCUCCCUCACACACCUGACGGUGCACCAGCGCUCCGGCGACGUCUUCGUUGGCGCCGUCAACAAGAUCCUCAAGCUCUCGGCCAAUCUGACGGAGCUCAGGAGUCACAUGACCGGCCCCGUGGACGACAACGCCAAGUGUUACCCGCCGCCCAGCGUACGCUCCUGCGCCCACAGACUGGAGUCGAUGGACAACGUAAACAAGCUGCUGCUGGUGGACUACUCGGGGAACCGGCUGGUGGCGUGCGGCUCCAUCUGGCAGGGCGUCUGCCAGUUCCUCCGGCUGGAGGACCUCUUCAAGCUGGGCGAGCCGCACCACCGCAAGGAGCACUACCUGUCUGGGGCCCGCGAGGCCGACGGCAUGGCCGGCGUUGUCAUCGGCGACGACGAGGGCACGGACCCCAAGAAGAGGAAGAACGGCAAGGGCAGCAGCCACCUCUUCAUCGGCGCCGCCAUCGACGGCAAGUCGGAGUACUUCCCCACGCUGUCGAGCCGCAAGCUGGUGGAGGACGAGGAGAGCGUCAACAUGUUCUCGCUGGUCUACCAGGACGAGUUUGUGUCGUCGCAGAUCAAGAUCCCGUCGGACACGCUCUCGCUCUACCCCGCCUUCGACAUCUACUACGUGUACGGCUUCUCCAGCCGCUCCCACGUCUACUUCCUGACGCUGCAGCUGGACAUCCAGCUCACGCAGAUGGACGCGGCCGGCGAGAAGUUCUUCACCUCCAAGAUCGUGCGCAUGUGCUCCAACGACACGGAGUUCUACUCGUACGUGGUUCCCCUGGGCUGCACCAAGGAGGGCGUGGAGUACCGCCUGGUGCAGGCCGCCUACAAGCAGAAGCCCGGCCGCCGCCUGGCCCAGGCGCUGGGCAUGAGCGAGGACGACGACGUGCUGUUCGUGGUCUUCUCCCAGGUAGGCUCCUCAGACGCUGUGCGCAGCCCGCUAACCCGACGGCUAACCGGCCUACACUACCCUAACCAGCCUGGACUAACCGGCCUACACUACCCUAACCAGCCUGGACUAACCGGCCUACACUACACUAACCAGCCUGAACUAACCGGCCCACACAACACUAACCAGCCUGAACUAACCGGCCUACACUACACUAACCUGCCUACACUAACCGGCCAACACUAACCGGCCUACACUAAC